AUGGGAUGUGGUGUCUCCAAGUCAAGCCAGUUUAAUAAACACCCAGGAAAAGCUGUCACAACCAUAAGAGCGGCUGUCUUGAUACAGCGAUGGUAUCGUCAGUACGUCGCUCGAACAGAAAUGAGGCGGAGGUGCACCUGGCACAUCUUCCAGUCCAUCGAAUAUUCGGGAGAACAGGCACAAAUCAAACUUUACAAUUUCCUUGGGUAUCUCAUGGACAAUUUCACUCCAUCAAGCAACGAACGUAAAUUAAUCUCCCACAUCUUCAGAGAAAAUGAUGUGUGUCACGACGCAGAAUGGGAGCGGUAUUUCUGCUACAAGAACAUUGAGGUGCCGGAGCUCUACUCAGGUCCCCAUUUAACCUUUCCUCUGACAGUGGAGCAGGCCAUGGGGUUGGUGGAGGCUUUUAGGAACAAAAAGCAACUGCACUCUCGCUACGUUCUCCAGCUGCUUCUCCAGACGUGGAGACUGCUCCGAAAGUUACCCAACAUAAACCGCAUUUCAACUUGUCACAGCAAAGAAAUAACUAUUUGUGGUGAUUUGCAUGGCCAGCUGGAAGAUCUCCUGCUUAUUUUCUACAAGAAUGGCAUGCCGUCCAUGGAGAAGCCCUAUGUGUUUAAUGGAGAUUUUGUGGACCGGGGACAAGACUCGAUUGAGAUCCUCAUUAUUUUGUUUGCAUUCCUGCUGCUGUAUCCAAGCGAUGUCUAUCUGAACAGAGGAAAUCAUGAGGACCACAUAGUUAACCUCAGGUAUGGCUUCACUAAAGAAGUCUUAACCAAAUAUAAGAUGCAUGGCAAGCGGAUUCUAAAGCUGCUACAAAAGAUUUUCAGCUGGUUACCAUUAGCAACAGUAAUUGAUCAGAGAGUUUUGGUUAUCCAUGGUGGAAUUUCAGACAGCACAGACCUUGGUAUCAUUGCAAGGGUGGACAGACACAAAUAUAUUUCAGCAUUGAGGCCUCCAAAGAGAAGACAUACAAGUUCAGCUGGAAUAUCCCUCGACUCUGAAGCUGAUGAGGAGUGGUCCAACACUAAGUUCCUGCAGCGGAGAGCCUCUAUGACGUACCCUAAACCAUUUGGGUCUAGGAGCAGCUUCCAGAAUCGCUCACUCCAAGACUUCUCAGAUCGGAUCAGAGAGAAAGUGGAGGACGAGCUGGAGAUGUGCAGGAGGAGAACGCUGCACCCGGGAGAUCAAAAUCAGGACGAUGAAAAUCUACACUCUGUCUCUAUAGAGUCAGUGGACAGCGACAAUGCCAAAGAGGAGUGGAAACAGAUUCUUGACCUGCUGUGGAGUGACCCCAUGGUUCAAGAUGGCUGCAUGCCCAAUGAGGUGAGAGGAGGAGGUUGCUACUGGGGUCCUGAUGUGACCGAGGACUUCUUGAACAGACACAACCUGCAGCUGCUGAUCCGCUCCCACGAGUGCAAACAAGAGGGGUACGAGUUCUGUCACAACCGCAAGGUUUUGACUUUAUUUUCUGCCUCUAAUUACUAUGAUGUUGGAAGCAAUAGAGGUGCCUACGUGAAGCUGGGGCCAGAUCUUGUGCCGUAUAUGGUUCAAUACCAGGCCACCAGCAUGACUCGAGAGCUCACAGUGAGACAGAGUGUGGGGCGUACUGAGCGCUCGGCUCUCAAAGUCCUACGAGAACAACUGUUUGCGCACAAGUCUGACCUCCUGAGUGCCUUCAGAGCGUAUGACACAGAGAACUCAGGCUUGAUAAAUCUGAGUGACUGGGCGGAUGCAGUGGAGAGUGUGAUGCACCUGGGCCUGCCCUGGAGGAUGCUGCGCUCUCAGCUGGUUACAUGUAAAUCCAGUGAAGGAAUGAUCAGCUACUAUGAGUGGUUCAACGAGCUCACCAUCAAAAAACCUCAGACUGAUCACAUUGAUGAGGGCUUGAUAGAAACGCUGUACCGCCACCGCUCCACUAUAGAGACCAUCUUCAGAAUUGUAGACACAGACAAUUCAGGUUUUAUUACAAUAGAAGACUUCGGGCAAACAUGGAAGCUUUUGAGCAUCUACCUUAAAAUGGAGAUCACUGAUGACGCUAUCUCUGACCUGGCCGUGACUAUUGACAGUAACCAUGACGGCUGUAUAGACAUAGAUGAGUUCAUGGAGGCUUUUCGUCUCACGGACAAAAAAAGUCGCCUGGAACGCGGCCGCAGCAUGUUUAUGGGAACGGCAACAGAUUUAACCAAACUUGAAGGAGAUCCCAACAUUUGAAAAGACAAGUGCAAAUUCGGUUUGACUGGUGAGGCCAACAAGCUGCUGUAUGACGCAAUAAGACGUGGGUGGCUCCAGCCCCAAUGAUGCCUUCAAGGAUCAUGCGGGAUUUAGAGCAACAUUCAGGCUUGGAAA